AUGGCGUCUGGGCCGGGCUCGUCACCGAUGGCCCAGUCCAGCAUGGCCGGCAGCGGCGCUGACGGGCUCUUCCGAAAGCCCAAAGAUCUGGCCAGUUCCUCCAGAUACUACAGACCCCCCCGCUCACUCCCUGACGUCUGCCCCAAGGAGCCCACCGGGGAUGCGCGGGGUCUCUGUGAGGGUCCAUCGGUGGUGUCGGAUCAGCACCAGUGGACGGUGUAUAAUUCUAAAGUGAACCUGCCGGCGGCCCUAAACGACCCGCGGCUCGCCAAGCGCGAAUCCGACUUCUUCACUAAGACAUGGGGGCUGGACUUCACCGAGACGGAGGUGAUGCCUUCGUUCUACCUGCCCAACAUAACGGCCGAACACUUCAACGCAUACCUGCAGGACACCGCUCAGAGGGAGAAAAUCCAUGAGAGGUGUAAAAAUAUUUGUCCCAGUAAAGACGAUCUCUCUCUCUCCAGCAUCACAAACAACCACGAUAAAGCCAAAGAGGAGCUUGACCAGGUGCCCAAGAUUUUCAUGAGGCCGGACUUUGUGCUGAACGACCCCGCCACCUUCAAUGCUGUGUUGCCGUGGUCACAUUUUAGCGUUGCUGGGGGGAAGAACAGUCGGGACGGUGCGUCGUCACGGUUACUGCAAGAGAAGUUGAGUCACUAUCUGGACGUUGUAGAGGUCAGUAUUGCUCGUCAGAUCUCUCUGCGCUCCGAGGCGUUUUUCCACGCCAUGUCCUCCCAACACGAGCUGCAGGACCGUCUGCGGGAGACGGAGGUUGCCGUGGCGACGCUGCGGGCCCGGACGGCAGCAAUGCAGCGGGUGAUGUGCCGCGGGCCGCUCCAGGCGCUGAGGGACGCCGUGACCCGCAGCAACUGCGCAAAACUGCACGGAAAGCUGAAGCUGAUGGCAGCGGUGCAGCAGACGCAGCCCACGGUGCAGUUACUGCUGUCCACCUCAGAGUUCGUGGGGGCGCUAGAGCUCAUCGCCACCACCAAGGAGGUGCUGCAGCAGGAGCUACAGGGCAUCCACAGUUUCAGGCACUUAGGUUCUCAGCUGUGUGAGAUGGAGAAGCUGAUUGAUAAGAUGAUGGUGGCAGAUUUCACUACCUAUUCCAGAAGUGACCUCAACCGCUCCUUCGAGGACGACAGCCAAGUGCUAGAAAAGGACCGUCUGCAGUCUCUGGUGUUUGGUUUACUGAGGCAGAGGAAGCUGGAUUUUUUGGAUAUUUACAGUGAGGAGAUGAUGCAGGCGGCCAAAGGCAUCGUCAGACAGUGUGUGCUGAGAUCUGUGUCUCAGAUUGAGGAGAUCGACACAGACGCUGUGGUGAAGCUUCAGGAUCAGAUGAGGUUGAUGACGUUUGCUCAGUGGUUCGAGCUGCUGCAGAACGUGUUUGAGCAUUUUGUGCUCUUCCUCACGAGGAUCAAGGCCACUCUCAGCGUGAUCCGUAACGUCGUACUGGAAGUCCUGGACAGCUGCCAGAGAAACCGGCUGGUCGACGCAUCUUCUGCGGUUGCCCACGGCGGGGAAAACGAAGACGAGGAUGAGGAGGAUUCCGGAGGCUCGGGUCUUCGUCCCGGAGAGGCGGAGCUCGCAUACCUCACUCACGAGGGGCUGUUCAUCAGUGACGCGCUAAACGAAGCGGAACGCCGCAGCAGCGCAGCCACGCAGGCGAAAACGCAGACACGCGUGGAAACUUCCGGAAGCGACUCGGCCUCAGGAACCACAGAGUCGUCCUCCAGCAGAGAGCACACCUCCAACACUACCUCCUCCCUGCCCACAGGGGGCACCAUCUCAAUUGAGGACUUGAUGCCAUCUGAUCUGGAGCUGGGCCGAGUGGCCAACAACAUCCAGGAGCUUCUCUACACCGCCUCAGACGUCAGCCAUGACCGCUGUGUGAAAGUCCUGCUGGCUAAAGCCAAGGACGGCUCUCUGGAGCGCUUGAGCUCUGCAGAGUUUGUGUGCGUGAGCCGUGCGGUGGAGGGUUUUGUGAAGGACACGGAGGCUCUGUGCUCCAGACGCAGCGUCAGUCUGAGGGGGGCGCUGCAGAGCCAGGCCAACCGCUUCGUCCACCGCUUUCAUGAGGAGCGCAAAACCAAGCUGAGUCUGCUGCUGGACACUGAGAGGUGGAAACAGGCUGAGGUCCCGGCUGAGUUUCAGCACCUGGUCGACUCCAUAGCAGACGGACACAUCACGCUGCCCGAACGCAAACCUGCAGGUACAGAGGACAAGAAGCCCAGUGAUUUCCUGCUGGUUGACGGGCAGAAAUAUGCCGUCGUCGGGACGGUGCUGCUGCUGAUCCGGAUCUUUCUGGAAUACUGCCAGUGUGUGAAUGACAUCCCGUCCAUCACCACGGACAUGCUCACACGCCUCUCAGACCUCCUCAAGCACUUCAACUCGCGGAGCUGUCAGCUGGUGUUGGGGGCCGGAGCUCUGCAGGUGGUGGGGCUCAAAACCAUCACUACUAAGAACCUGGCUCUGGUGUCUCGCUGUCUGCAGCUUGUUGUUCACUACAUCCCCAUCAUCAGAGCUCACUUUGAGACCAAACUGCAGCCCAAACAGUACAGUGUCCUGCGCCACUUCGACCAUAUCACCAAGGAUUAUAAUGACCACAUUGCUGAGAUUUCGGCUAAACUGGUGGCCAUCAUGGACGGUCUGUUCGAGAAAGUUCUGUCCAAGUAUGAAGUAAAAGCUCCGAUGCCAUCGCUGUGUUUCCGUAAUGUCUGCAAACAAAUGGCCAAGAUGCAUGAGGCUAUUUAUGAUCUCCUACCUGAGGAGCAGACACAGAUGUUGUUUCUGCGGAUCAAUGCGAGCUUUAAGAUGCACCUGAAGAGGCAGCUAUCUCGGUUGGGGGUCAUAAACGAUGGUGGUCCGCAGCACGGGCUGGUGGUGGUGGACGUGGCUUUCUACACAGAGAACGUUCAGGCACUGCGCUCGCUAGAGCGUUUGGACUUAAACAUGCCAGAGAUCUGGGAGCAGAAGAGGUGAUGACCCACAAUGAGGCCAUUAAGGGCCUUUGCACCUCCUCUGUCGCCAUGGCGAACUGCCCCUCCUUCUUCCUCCUGCUUCUCCCUGAAGGAACUGAGGUCUGAGGCCCUACAGAAAGAGGGAAGUGAACGCUCUUUUGGGGGGGAACCAAACUUUUGUCAGAUACUGAAGAAAACAAAAACACUUUUUACCUCCUUAUCCAGACGCUCGCCUGCGCUCCGGCAGCUUCCUGCCCCAAAAAGAGUGCACCUCCCUGGGCUAGAGAAAAUGGGACGGCCCCUGGAACUGAAAACGUUUGGUGGUGGUGGCGUAAAACCUCG